AUGCCAGCAGAUCGAGCAAUGUCUCGUAAUCAACCACCAAAACAACAACGAAAAAAGCGAAUUCAAAUCGCUGACCAAAAUCCUCAGCCUCAACAACCUAGACAAUCUGUUUUUGAACGUUUAGGUACUAAAAAUUCUGGAACUGCGCUUAUACCGAGACCAGCAAAAACCAAAAAGGAAAUCAAAGACAUUUCUUCUAACAACGGUAACAAAGUUAGGCGAGUCUCCGAUUCUCGGCAGGCUGAACGUGAGCUAUCUGAGGGUGAACUUACUCAAGAUACUGGAAAAGCGAAAGACCGCCAAUCCGCUGAAGUAAGACCCAAAUUGGAAGGAAAAGAUAGUAAAAAUAUGUCAGAAUUUAUUAAUUCUGAAAAUUUGGAUACAGAAAAUCUCAAAGAAUCAGUAAACAACAUUUCAAAAGAGAUGAAAAUUCAAGACCAAGAUGUUCAUGACGGUUUUGAGGGUGCUGGAAAUGUGGAAUUGCAAAAACUAAGGUCUACAAGCUUUAGUGAUACUGCAACUCUUCCCGCCACGAAUGAACAUUACGAAGAAUCAGAAGAUGCAGCAAAAGAAGAUGUCGUUUCAAUACUGGCCGACGAUGAUUUUAUAUUGCCAAGUGACUAUGAAGAUUACCAGGAGUAUCAAGAAAAUUAUUUUCUGUCCGAUCUUGGUCAAGUGACAAAGAAUAACGAAAGCAAUCGUGAACAUUUAACACGAACUGAUACACAACAGAAUGAUUUAAUUCAUGAUCGUGACAAGAAUCGCGAUAAGGAACUUACGCGAAUUAGAGAAAAUGACCUAAAUAAAGAUGCGUCUUCAUUUCGUAAUUCAGAAAGAGAUAGGAGCUUCGACCGAGCUAAUCGAGAAGUACCUAUGAUUCAACCACAUAAAGAUGAUAGAAGAAGGAUCAGAGAAGUUCGGGAAAGGCAGCGAGAAGAACGUUACAAUCGCGCGAUUGCCUCUGAAAGACGUGAGCGUGAGCGUCAAGAGCGUUACAAUCAAAGUAUUAUUGAAGAUAAAUCACAUUUGGAAAUACCACGAAGAGAUCGUCUCACGCUUGAUCAUGAACGAGGCCGUGGAUCACAUGGUAGCCAUACUCCUACGGCUGACACUUCUUCAAAUAGUACUAUACGUGGCGGGGUUAGCAGAUCACCAAGCAUUUCGGACCGGGAGAAAACUGUAAAGAGUCAAAAUCAUCCAAAUGAAAAUAGUAAGAGAGAAGAUACGUUGAAAGAUAGACCACUCGAAAAUCCUCGUGAGCGAGAAUAUAAUUCUGUUUCUCGUCAGCGGGAUGAGUUAUCAAAAGCACGAGAUUCACCGAGGGACCGAGAACAGAAAUCCCACGAAGAUACAAAGGAUAAAGAAACGUCCUCUAAAAUCUACGAACGCGAUCCCACAGCAAUUCGUAAAGUUGAUGAAAAGGAACCCACAUUUCGCAGAUUAGAUGAAAGACCAUACACCGCAAACCGUAGGCCAGAUGAGUAUCGUCCUGCACCCCCAGCGCCUGAAAGGAUUAUUAGGGACUUGAAUCGGGAUCGCGACAAAGAUUCACAUUAUCAGCGGGAAGCAUCGGAGAGAUUAAGACCAUCAUCCAUCCGUCCUAAAGAGCCAUUAAAUGACCCAUCAUAUCAAGAUAGAGAUUCCAGGCAGAGAAACGCACAACCUAUUGCUAUUGCUUCGGAACAAAGGGGUGACGCUCUUUCUUCAAAUCAACGACCACCUGAUUAUCGUAUUAGAGAUAAAGAAAGAGACAUUCGUCAAAGAGAUGAAUUUCAAUCAAAAGAAGCAAUUCGGGUUGGAAGAGAUGAGCGUCCUUUACAUGAACGUACAAGUGUUCUCCCGGAUUUUUACAGACCAUCAUCAGAACAUCAUAUAAGAGAUCCCGACCGAAGACCAAUUCGUGAAUUUGAAAGAGAUUACCGUGAACGAGAUAUUCGUAGCGAAAUUCCGGGAAUUGAUAGAUACCGUACCGAAUAUAAUCAAGGCAGACCUGAUAAUGCGAUUGAGCGUCACCCUCGAGAGUUGGAGCAGCGUCAAUCAUGGGACGAAAGAGAAAACCGAGAAAAGGAUUAUCGUGGACCAGGUACUUUUAUCGAUAAGGACCUUAUAGAUCAUCGAAGAGAUCGAGAUCGGGAAAGAACUCGUGAUGGUGAAUUUAGAAGUCGGAGCAAUUCUGCUGAUUCUCAUAAACAGUCCUAUGAUCGCCAUCAUGAUCCUGAACGAAGAAUGUCAAGGAAUUUAGAAAUUGAACAAAUGAAUCGGACAAACAAACUGGAAUCUGUCCGUCGUUCUGACACUGAAAGAAAUCCUUCAUCCGCUGGUGAAAAACAACGUGAUGCAAACCGAGAAUUUUCUCAAGAAAUUCGAACCAGAGACGAGAAAAGCAUUAAUAUUCAUGAUCGACAGUUGAAGGAAUCUAACACAGAUUUGAUUUUACCUAAAGAGGAUGAUAUUCCACCCUAUCCAUGGAAAAAAUGCAUCUCAAGUAAAAAUAAGGUUUAUUAUUUUAACGCAGAAACCCGUGAAAGUCGGUGGACCUUUCCUAAUGAAGAUAAUGGCAAGAAAUCAAACGUUGAUAUUGGGAAUGUUCGUCAAAUUAUGACCGAACAGACCGAAAGCGGCAUAAAUACUGAUUUUGAAUCAUUAAAUAAAGACGACAAUGAUGGCGCAGAUACGCCUCGCAAAAAACCUCGAUUAAACGCCGAAGACGAAUCUACCGAAAGGUCAUUGUCUGACGAUCGAAAGGAUACGAAUAAUGAACGAAUACUUGAUAUUGUUGAACAAAAUACAACUAAUAAUACGUCCAAUAGAGAUUUGCCAUUGAGGACUCGUAGUGGCACAUUAAGCAAUGUCGCCACCUCACCCACUACCAAGAGUCAACCGCCCUAUCCGGACGGGCCUCAAUUCCUUCCUACAAUGCGUUCUCCUUCCUCACAAUUUAACGAUCGUCGAUAUAGUUCCGAUUAUGAUCUAUCCAGUGGAACCAUUAGAAGAGGAAUUUCUUAUUCAGGUUCGCAAUUACAAUCUCCUUCCUCAUCUUUAAGGGCUAAUGCUAUCCCCUUCAAUCGUGUUAUGCCCGAAUUUUAUGAUCGUAAUGACUUCCGCCAUGAUGAUUUCAAUUCACCAUCUCGAGGUCCUAGUGGAAUUGUUGAUCCUCGUAAUAUGAACAUGAUACCACAAGUAGCCUCUCAACUGUCUGCGAAUAACCGACCAAGUCGUUCGUCAAUGUUUGUGUCAAAUCAUAGUUAUGGGAUUGAACAAAGUUCAGUACCGGUACCGGGAAUUCGUAGAAUGUCUUCUGCUGGACGUGGUGGAGGUAAUAGUGGUGGUAGCUUUCAAUUGUCUCAGUAUAGGAGAAGAUCUUCUUUUGAAGAAGACCGAAAUCCAUAUAAUGAAGCAUCAAUGGACCUUCUAACUGAUGACGGUGGUAAUGGACAAUUGAUACAAAACUCAGAUGAGAUAUUAGCUCCUAUUGAUAUUGGUCUAAAUAGCUCAGAGUCUGAUGAAGAAGCAUGGCGUACAGAGGAUGAAUUAAUUGAUUACAGGCUUUCUGAUAUUGAACUGGAAUCUUUAUUCUGUCAUCGCUCUGUUCCUCAAAGCCCAGUUUCUAAAACUUUAACUGAUGAUGAAAUAAUCAGACAUCAAAUCUCACCAGUAUGGAACCAUAUUACAUCAAGCGUUGCUGGAGAUGAACUAUUUCAACAAUUUGAACAAAUAAUGAAUAGUAAUAAUAAUUCUAGAAAAAGGAAACGUGAAAUGAAAACGGUGAAUUCAAGAAAAGAAUUCGAGCAAAGAAGAGCAUUGUAUGGUGGAAGAAGAAUGUUCCGGCAUCUUCCCAAGACUACGUACCCAGAUUAUUUUGUGUAUCCCAAGCUUUCGCCUGAAAUGCCAGAUGAACUUAUUCAAUUAUGCAUCGACAUUUAUCAGUGCCAUAGCGAAAACCCGACUGAAACUACAAUCCCGAUCGAUGAUGAAAUCGUGGUCCUUGAAGUCGAUUCCAAAAAUAAUACUGAAAAUGAACUGAAUCAAUUUACGAAUAAUGGCAGUAUUGGUCGAAUUGAUGAUGUUGUUGAUGAUCCUGUUGAAGAAAUACCAAUGGUCGAAGAUGAAAAAGUUGAUGAAAUAAUUUAG